CAAGCCUCGUCUCGCACAAAAACCCAUCCUUCUUCUCUUUAGCCUCUCUCCUCCUCUUCUUAUAUAUCCAAAAAAGAAGUCCUCUGAGAUAUCUCCAGGAGACCUCGGCGAAAGCAGUGAGGAUGCCAUCGUUACCACCUUUGGUCCUUGGAGCCUUGGCGUUGUUGGCAUUGGCCUUCGUCGCGACCGCCGAUGACCCUUACCGGUACUUCACCUGGACUGUAUCUUAUGGACCCAUCUCCCCUCUCGGCGUCCAACAGCAGGGGAUUCUCAUCAACGGGCAGUACCCUGGGCCUCGUGUCGACUGCGUCACCAACGACAACAUGGUCGUCAGUGUUAUCAACAAGAUCGACGAGCCUAUACUCAUAACUUGGAAUGGGAUCAAACAGAGGAAGAACUCGUGGCAAGAUGGAGUCUUGGGAACCAACUGUCCCAUACCACCUGGUUCAAACUAUACAUACAAGUUUCAAACCAAGGACCAGAUUGGAAGCUUCACCUACUUUCUCUCCACCGGAAUGCAGCGGGCUGCCGGUGGCUUCGGUGCUCUGAAUGUCUACCAGAGGCCGCAGAUCCCAGUGCCAUAUGCACCGCCUGACGGUGAUUUCUCCCUGCUUGUCGGCGACUGGUACAAAGCCAGCCACAAGGCAUUGCAGCAGACUUUGGAUUCAGGAAGAUCACUGCCUUUCCCUGACGGUCUUCUCAUUAAUGGAGCUCAGCAGUUCGCCUCUUUCACUGGAGAUCAAGGAAAAACAUACCUCUUUAGGAUCUCCAAUGUGGGCUUGAUGACCUCGAUCAACUUCAGGAUCCAGGGCCACCAAAUGAAGCUCGUUGAAGUCGAAGGAUCCCACACACUUCAGAACAUCUAUGAUUCCCUCGACAUCCAUGUCGGUCAAUCGCUGGCGGUCUUGGUUACCUUAGAUCAGCCCCCCAAGGACUACUUCAUUGUCGCCUCGACUCGUUUCACCAGAAAGGUUCUAACUGCAACUGGAAUACUACAUUACAGCAACUCCAAUUCCCCUGCAUCUGGACCACUUCCCCCACCUCUCCGCAAUCCCCACAUCUCUAUGCGGCAAGCCAGAACCAUUAGGUGGAAUCUCACAGCUAGUGCAGCCCGGCCUAAUCCUCAGGGCUCAUACCAUUAUGGUACCAUACCGAGGACAAGGUCGCUCGUCUUGAAGAAUUCAGCCCCUCUGAUCAAUGGGAAGCAGCGCUAUGCUGUCAAUGGUGUUUCCUUUGUUGUGCCUGAUACUCCGCUGAAGCUCGCCGACAACUUCAAUAUUGCCGGCAUCUUCACCUGGGAUAGCAUCCCUAUUCCAGCCCCUGAAGGCUCUGCAGUACUGGGUACCCCAGUCAUGAGGUUUAAUCUUCAUGACUUCAUUGAAAUUGUCUUCCAAAACACUGAACAUACUAUGCAAACAUGGCAUCUUGAUGGCUACGACUUCUGGGUUGUUGGGUAA